AUGCCUGGUGAAGUGAUCGAUCGGCCCAACCCGGCUCCGCUGGAUAGCCAUCUUCCUGAUAACACUCUCGAUCUGGCCUACACACCGCCGAAGAAGCAGUUGGACAAGAAGAUCGCCCAAUCGCUUAAGGAUUUUCGAAAUGCGGCGUUGUACAUUGCUGGGUCCAUGAUCUUCCUUAGAGAUAACACCCUACUUGAGCGAGAACUGAAGGCACAGGAUAUCAAGCCUCGCUUGUUGGGCCACUGGGGAACAUGUCCUGGCAUCAUUUUGGUUUGGUCUCAUCUGAACCUCCUUAUCCGCAACCAUGACUUGGAAAUGAUCUUUGUGAUCGGGCCUGGUCACGGAGCUCCUGCCGCUCUCGCCUCGCUUUGGCUUGAGGGAUCUCUCGAGCGAUUCUUCCCUCAGAAGUACGAUGUUAGUAAGAAUGGUUUACAAAACCUGAUUUCCGGGUUCUCGGUGCCUGGAGGAUUCCCAAGUCACAUCAACUCCGAAACUCCGGGAUCUAUCCACGAGGGUGGUGAGCUAGGCUAUUCGCUAGCUGUCUCUUUCGGAGCUGUUAUGGAUAACCCAGACCUUCUGGUGACCUGUCUCGUAGGUGAUGGAGAAGCCGAGAGUGGCCCUACUGCGGCUGCCUGGCACUCCAUCAAAUACAUCGAUCCUGCCGAGUCUGGAGCCGUCAUCCCCAUUCUUCAUGUCAAUGGGUUCAAGAUCAGCGAGCGAACCAUCUUCGGAUGCAUGGACAACAAAGAGCUUGCAAGCUUGUUCUCUGGUUACGGAUACCAACCAACCAUCGUGGAAACUCUCGAGGAGAUUGACAUUGAACUCUCUGGUGCCCUCGAGUGGGCUGUCAGCGAGAUCAAGAAGAUCCAGAAAGCUGCGCGAGAAGGAAAGCCUAUUAUCAAGCCUCGCUGGCCCAUGAUUGUUCUUCGAACUCCUAAGGGAUGGACAGGACCCAAGAAGGUUGACGGCGAGUUUAUUGAGGGAUCCUUCCGCUCUCAUCAGAUCCCUGUCCCAAACGCAAGCAAGGAUGAGGAGCAUGUCAAGAUUCUGGAGGAGUGGCUCAAGACCUACGGAACAGACCACUUGCUUAAGGACGGCAAGCCUGCUGAGAGUAUUCUUGAAAUCAUCCCUGAAAAGGAGAAGAGACUUGGACAACUUAAGAAGACAUAUGAUCCUUACCAACAGCUGAAACUGCCGGACUGGAAGCAGUUUUGUGUAGAGAAGUUCUCGCAAGACAGCUGCAUGAAGCAGACUGGCAAUUUCUUAAACCAAGUUAUUAAGGAAAAUCCCAAGAGUUUCCGUAUCUUCUCGCCCGACGAGCUGGAGAGCAACAAACUAAGUGCCGUAUUCGAAAACACCGGCCGAAACUUUCAGUGGGAUGAGUUCUCUCGGGGUCAGGGUGGCAGAGUUAUUGAGAUCCUGUCUGAGCAUUGCUGCCAGGGAUGGAUGCAGGGCUACACACUCACAGGCCGAACUGCACUCUUCCCCAGUUAUGAGUCUUUCUUGGGUAUUAUUCACACGAUGAUGGUGCAGUACUCCAAGUUCAACAAGAUGGCGCGCGAGACCAAUUGGAGAGGUGAUCUCAGCUCGAUCAACUAUAUCGAAACAAGCACCUGGGCCCGCCAGGAGCACAACGGUUUCUCUCAUCAGAACCCAUCAUUCAUCGGAUCCGUCCUCAACCUCAAGGCCGAGGCGGCUCGUGUGUAUCUUCCUCCUGAUGCCAAUUGCUUCCUCAGCACUGUCCACCACUGCUUAGGUUCAAAGAACUACGUCAACCUUAUGAUUGGUUCCAAGCAGCCCACUGGUGUUUAUCUCUCCCCUGAGGAAGCCGCCAAGCACUGCAAGAAGGGUGCGAGCACCUGGGAGUUUGCGUCCACUGACAGCGGAAAGGAGCCUGAUGUUGUGAUUGUUGGAAUUGGUGUUGAGGUGACUUUCGAGGUUGUCAAGGCUGCUGAGCUCUUGCGCGAUUGGUUCCCCGAGCUUCGGGUCCGUGUUGUCAACGUCACGGAUCUUAUGGUUUUAGCCGCCGAGUCACGUCACCCCCACGCUCUCAGUCAAGCCGACUUCCUUGACAUGUUCACAGAGGACAAGGCAAUCUGCUUCAACUACCAUGGAUACGCUGCCGAGCUUCAGGGUCUGCUCUUUGGACGCCCUGGUCUACACCGCAUGACCGUAGAGGGAUACAAGGAAGAGGGUACCACCACCACACCUUUCGACAUGAUGCUAGUCAACUGGGUCAGUCGAUUUGAUGUUGCCAAGCGUGCACUGAAGGGUGCUGCUGAAUCCAAUGAUAAGGUGAAGGCCAAGCUUGAUGAGAUGUUGAAGAAGAUUGAUGACAAGGUCUCCGAGGUAAAGAAGUUCAUUCAAGAUGAAGGCAAGGACCCUGAAGAUUUGUAUGACAUGCCCAAGUUCGAGUAG